AUGCGCCUGGAGAACAUCAUCCGUGAUGGCCAGCUUGUCUUAGUGAGACUUGAGCACGGAGACAAUGCGGAUGAAAUGCGGGUCGCCGUUGAGCCGCAUGCUGAGGGCAUGAAGUUCAUCGCUAUCUCUCAUGUCUGGGCCGACGGGCGCGGAAAUCCUCGGGAAAACAGCUUACCCACGUGUGUGCUGAUGCAAAUCCAAAAUCUCGUUGACCGGCUUCCGCCCACUGGACCAGGCGGACCCUGCCCUUUCUGGAUCGACACCUUAUGUGUACCACGAGAACCGAGGUCGCUUCGAGAUGCAGCUCUCAAGCGCCUAAGAGAUCCCUACGUGCUAGCAGUCAAUACACGCGUCGUCGACAGCUAUCUUGAACGUCAAGAAGCCUCUGGCGCGUCGUCUACGGAACUCAUUGCCCGUGUCAGUGCAUGCGGCUGGACGCAGCGACUGUGGACUUUCCAGGAGGGUCGUCUACCAAAACAAGUAUGGUUUUUCUUCAAGGACAAGUGCGUCAAUCUCUGGAAUGAAGUCGAUGGUUGGCGAGACACGUUCAGGCGGAUCCCUCCACUGGCCAGUCAUGAGGUCGAGCUGAUGGUCAUGGCGAAUCAUACGGCGACGACGAUUUAUCCGGGACUCUUUCAGGUCGUUGGUAUUUCCUCGGUCACGGUGUUGAGAGGUGCCUUGAAGACCAGGUCAACCUCUGUACAAACUGAUGAGGCACUUUGUCUCGCGAGCAUACUGGAACUCGACAUGAGGCCCAUUCUCGAUGCUCCACCCGAAGCUAGAACGCAGGUCUUCUGGAGUUUGGUACCAAAAGUUCCGACUGGCCUGGCACUGUCAAGGUCGCGACGCAAAUUGUCAAUGCGGGGAUUUCGGUGGGCGCCGGAGUCCUUUAUGGGUCAGAUGCGGCAGGCAGACUGGGGCGGACCUCUCGGUAUAGACUCUGCAUACGACGCACGAGUUGCUGCUCAUGGUCUGGUCGUCUCAUUGCCAGCAUUGUUGUUCGCUGCAUCGCAUGGACCAGACGCCGCCCUGUCUAAGGAGAGGUUCGUGAAUGUGGUCCAGGAGACAGGCAGCGAGAUUUUGAUCCACGACGACCAAGGACGCUGGUUCGUGUGUACGACGGAGAAUGAUUGGCAUCAGGAGCUGCCAACAAUCGAAGCCAACGAUCAUCCCGUGAUCAUAAUGGAUAGAUCGUUGAAGUUCGGGAAGGAUUCGGUGCUGAGAGUGACGCAUGACUUCCAGAUGCAAGGAGCACAGAAAGGAGUCAUUGCAUUUCAUGACAGUGAUGCUACCGAGGGCGGAGUCGUACAAGUCAGAGCGCUCCGGCAUAUUCUAUUGCAGAUGCUCUCGAGGAAGCAGCACGAAAUCUUGGCCCUGCUUCUGAGGCUUGUGAACAACAUCAGCUUAGAGAACAAGCAGACGCUGGACUCGCUUCCCCACGGAUCGGAGGAAGCUGAUAAGUUCAAGGAAGAGCUUGUCUUCGAUGGACUCAAGGAGUCUUCUGGUCUUGACAUAAUGCAUGCGAUACGGGAAGCACGAGGAAGUCCUCAUGAUGAGAAGCUUGCGAUCAGUCAAUGUGCCAACUGGUUCAGCCAGCUCUAUCGCCUUGCGCCGUGGACUGCGAUGCGCUUUAGUCAUGGUCCAAUGGAAUGGUGCAUCGAUUGA